AUGUCUUGUUCAAGAAAAUUCUUAGCUUUGUUGGCGGUUUUUGGUUUGUUUGCAGAACUCAUUGAAGGAGGUUGUCCAAAGGGUUUUGAGGGUGUGGAAGGAAGAUGUAUGAAGAUGCUGACGAAUCCGCAGACGGCUGAGGAAGCAUACACAGCAUGUUCAAAUCUGAACGCUAACCUGGCAAUCGUCAAUACGAUGCCGUUCGUGAAUAGUCUAAACAAUUACUUGAACAAAAACUUCACCGGAAAAUGUACAGGUAGUGUGUAUGGCUUUUGGACAGCUGGUCGCAGAAAAGACAAAACUAAAACCUUCUACUGGAACACGGCCAAACCUUCGAUAUAUGCUUUUAACACCUGCGACUGCGGAAAGGUAGCUAACAUACUGAACUGGGCUUCCGGCCAACCGGAUGAUUACAUGAGCAAUGAAGACUGCGUGCAUAUGUACUCAGUGGAUGGCAAAUUGAUUGCUAACGAUUUUCCGUGCAGCAACAAAGUUUGCGCUCUUUGCCAAGCAGAGGAAAUUUAA